GUCGCACAUGCGCACUGACCUUCAUUGAUUUUUCUCACUUUGACAGUUCGACCGAUGUUUUGAGCUAGCACCCGCGUUCACCAACGAAGUAAACAAAAAUCAUGGCUUUGGACUUCUCAGCGACGUACAAACUCUUAGUUUUGGGUGAUUCGAAUGUCGGCAAGACUUGCAUAGUGCACAGAUAUUGUGACGAGAGAUAUUACGACAUUUACAUAUCCACAAUAGGAAUAGAUUUCAAACAAAAGAUCAUCAAUUUGGAUGGGGUUCCAAUUAAGCUACAAAUCUGGGAUACUGCUGGCCAGGAAAGAUUCAGAACACUCACCACAGCGUAUUACCGAGGUGCCAUGGGUAUAAUCCUUAUGUACGAUAUUACUAAUCUCGAGUCAUUUAACCAUUUGUCUUAUUGGCUGAGAAAUAUUCAAGAGUACGCGUCUCCAGAUGUUAUCAAAGUAUUAGUUGGCAAUAAGUGUGACGUGCAUGAGAACCACCGCGCUGUUCCUAGGGAGAGAGGUCAAAAGAUUGCUGAUGAUUUUGAUAUGCCAUUCUUUGAAGUAUCGUGUAAAAAUAACAUUAACAUAGAAGAAGCAUUUAUAACUUUAGCAAGAAAAAUAAGGGAAUACAGAGAGACUAAGGCGGAUGCAUUCGAGCUAAAGGAGAGGGAUAAUGUUAUUAAGCCUUCAGAUUCUGAGAGCGAUGUUUCGAAGUGUAGCUGUUAGCCUGGACUUCUAUAGGCUUGAAGCAAAUAACGGCAAGCAAUGAAUAUAAGACACGAAGGAUGUGAAUACGAAAGGAUUUAGUAAAGUUCAUUUCCAAAAUGUAUUUUCAAUUAGAUUGUGUAUGAUUAAAGAUUUUUAAUACGUAUCAUGGAAUACGCACUGCACAACUUAUUACAAUUUUACUAAUUAAGAUUUGCUAUAGCUAUAAUUUAGUAAACGUGAACUUUAAUUAAAUUAUAACUGUAUUUGAAACGAUAUGAAUGUUGGAAAUGAACUAUACUACUGCGAAAAGUAUAACGAAUGUAUCUUAGA